GUCGUCAUUAGCUUCAUGUGGUUCUAUCUGGCUUCAAUAAUUAUGUUAACGUCCAUAAUCUUAACAUAAUCAACAACGGAAAGGUUAGGGGAGACAUGCAGCAAACUCUCUUACUCCAAUAAUGUCAAUUCGCGGCAUUCGACUGUUGCCAUGAAUAACUCACACUCGCUUCUGAAUACCAAGUCAACACCUCGAUUUCCACUCGUUCGAAGCUUGCGAUAGCGAUUCAACUUGAUUACUUCGCUUGACGACUCCAUUUAGACUCUCGUGAUGGAAAAUACAUCUCAUAAUAAACGGGAUACUUCACCUACGCCAUCUUCAUCCCACCGACGAACCCCCUCGAAUUCCAGUAUACUAUCCAAGUUCCCCUUUUUAAGAACAUUCCCCGAAAAACGACACGAGCAAACCGAACAUGCGAUUGACGACAAUACCAUUCCAGCUUCUCCUCGCCCGGCCGCACGACCGUCGGCGAGUGUAAUACAGUACCAAAGAACUCGAAGACGAAGAGGAUCACUUAGGAAAGCGGCGCUGCUUGGUCGAGGAGCACAACGCGAGCGUAGGGAAAGCCGACCGUUGAGCAUUGACACUUCUCAUGCUACUGCAUACGGACUCGACCCUAAUGCUGUAAAGACGGAAAGCCCGUCAUCAAUAGAGUCGUUGGAUUUGAACGCGACGUCGGCCAAUGCUCAACGUAACUUGGUCAAUGGAUUCACCCCUCUUCCCGGAGGACUUGGGACAGCACCCGUACUUCCUCAGAAUGGUACAGCAUCACAGACAACGACUCGCCCAAUAUCACUUGCGGAUCAAGACGGGGCAUCUUAUACAUCAACGGACGAGGAGGAUAUGCUCCAGAUACCAGGGAGCUCAUCAACAAUUCGGCAGGGCCUGUCUAUGUCUUCUGGACAGGACUCAUACUUUAAUAGCCUAGGCUCGACAUCAUCCCAUGGGCGAAGACGUCCUGUCAACCGGGCAAAGUCACCGUUGUCAUUCAGUGGUCUUUCGUCCAAUACACUCCCCGCUCAUGAAGAUUGGGACUACGCAGAGACAGAAUGGUGGGGAUGGGUUGUCCUCUGCGUAACUUGGUUUGUGUUCGUUGUAGGAAUGGGAUCAUGUCUUGAUCUCUGGAGCUGGGCAUGGGACGUGGGAAAGACGCCAUAUGCGCCGCCAGAGUUCGAGGACGAUGAUACUUUACCAAUCGUGGGGUACUAUCCAGCGUUGAUCAUCCUGACAGGCGUUAUGGCUUGGGUAUGGGUUGUAGUAGCUUGGGUUGGUAUGAAGUAUUUCCGGCAUGCCAAAAUUAGCGGCGACUAAUGCGAGCGUUUGGCUAUUUCUGGCUUUAAUAUCUAGGCUCGAAUUGAGUUCUGGCAUAGACUUGGCUCGAUGCUAUUAAUGAUUAUAAAUGACAACUUAUUAAUAUCUUUCAACAUUGUAGCUUCGG